UCACCCUGGACGACGUGUCGGCUCUUCUCCAUCUCCCAAUGGGGUCGAGGUUCUAUACGCCUGGGAGGGGGGAGAGGGACGAGUGUGCAGCGCUAUGUGCUGAGUUGAUGGGAGGAUCUGUUGCUCGUUAUCAUGCUGAGUUUGAUAAGAACAGGAGCCAGACUAUUCGCUUUGGGGUCUUGCAGACCCUGUAUGAUGCUGCGUUGGAGGAGCACCGAUAUGAGGACGCUGCACGGAUUUGGCUGGUGAACCAGCUAGGCGCGACGCUCUUUGCUAGCAAGAGCGGUGGAUACCACACGACCGUCUACUGGAUAGGUAUGUUGCAGGAUCUCGGUCGAGUGUCCGAGUACGCGUGGGGCGCGAUUGCGCUCGCUACGUUGUACGACCAGCUUGAUCGAGCGUCCAGGAGGGGGACGGCCCAGAUGGGAGGUUUCAGCUCACUCUUGCUAGGAUGGGCCUACGAGUACCUUUCUGAUCGCGUCAUUAUCCGGAGGGCGGAUCCGGAGUACUCGCAGGACCAGCCUAGGGCGCGGCGGUGGGUUAUGUCCCGGGUCGGGCAUGCAGGCCUCGAUGAGAGGCGAGUCAUGCUCGAUGAGCUGACGGUGGAUGACAUUAUAUGGACCCCAUUUGAGGACCAUCGGGCUCAUCGACCACGGGAUCAGAGGGCCAUGUAUUCUGGCUACAUCCGGACGCCAUUUGGCCGUGUUGUUCGACGACAUCUACCAGAGAGGGUUCUGCGCCAGUUUGGCUACAUCCAGGAUGUCCCUCGACACCCCUCCGAGAUCCAGACGACUGGGUCCCUUGCUGAGACCGCAGAUGCUGCCUAUGCUGAUUUUGUGCCGCACCUGCGCCCUCAGGGGAUCCCUGUUACUCAUUCGGGAGAGGCUGUGGAGGAGUACAUGAGGUGGUAUGGCGGUGUGUCCCAUCGGUUCAUCAUCCCUGAUGAUAGGAGGGAGGAGUUCAGUGCUGUGACGGUUGUGCGUCGGGUCGUGGACUUGUUGGAGCAGUCACUGGAGGUGCCAGAUGCUCUUGCAGUUGGCACGCAUGCCCGAUCCCUCACUGAGAGGGCGCUGGAUCUUAUUAGAUCCAGCGCAUUCAUCGGUACCCAGGGAGUAGCCUUUGCUGCUGUCCGAGGAGCUGGAGCUGCAGGAGGCAGAGGUCGUGGAGGUAGAGCGCGUGGAGGCAGAGCCCGUGGAGGCAGAGCCCGUGGAGAGGGUGCACCUGCAGAGGGCGCUCGUGGAGGCAGAGCUCGUGGACCUAGAGGUCGGAGGGGUGGCGGUAGGGGUGGCGGUAGGGGUCGGGGCGAGUGACUGUAUAUUUGUAUAUAUUUUUUUGUGUACUUUUAUAUUAUGACAUGUGACGACAUUGUAUGGACUCUUUUUAUAUUAACCACGCUUUCUA